AUGUCAAUGGAAGCACAUCGCCAACAGCGCUACUCAAAGAAGCGAUCGGCCACGCCCCGAGCUCAGUAUGCGGCACAAGCUUGUCAGGAAUGUCGGCGACGGAGAGCAAAGUGUGAUGGUCACAAGCCGUCGUGUGCUCGGUGUCUAAACCGUGGCAUGGAGUGCGUGUUUAACACCCGAGAUGACAGCCGUGGCACGGCGCCGAAAUCGUUGGUGAUGCAGCUUCAAGCGCGCAUCCAGCAGCUCGAGCAGGUGUUAUGGCUCCAUUCCAUCGAUGUCGAUACAUCUAUCGCUCAGCUCAAGGCUGGGCAUCUUCCAUCGAUCUCCCCCUCCCAUCCCCAACAACAGUCGAGAGAAGAGGAGCCCGUUGGGGCACUGUGCGCGAAUGGACCGUUCGGCUUGAGCGACAAGGACGGCGAUGAGGAGGAGGUGCGCUUCUUCGGCUCCAGUAGUGGGCGGGUGGAACUACUGCAAUCCACUCCUUUGCACAGCAACUCCGCACUAGCCUCUUUACCACGCGCCUCGCUUCGCUCGGGCCUGAACCGGUUCCUUCAAGAUCCUGAUCUAGUCCCUCCCGUUGAUGAGGAGCUACAAGAACAUCUCAUUGCGCUCUAUUUCCAGUGGGAGCAGCCGUGGCUUCAGCUUGUGGAUGAGCAACUUUUUCGACAGAGCCUGCGCCAAGAGGGGCGAUAUUGUAGUCCAUUGCUGCUCCAUUGCAUACUGGCUAUGGGCGCUCGCUACUCGGAAAGACUGGAAGUGCACUCCACGCCGGACGACCCGAACACUGCAGGCGAAAGUCUCUUGGAAGUUGCCGAAGUACUGCUUCAUUUUGACCUCCGGUCCCCGAGUAUCACCACCAUCCAGUCCCUUGGGAUCAUGGCCAUAUUUUACGUUGCGAUCGGGUCUGACUCCAAGGGCUGGCUUCGCCAUGGCAUGGCCAUCCGCUUGGCGCUGGAUAUGGGACUGAAUCUAGAUUUUGCGACGCUGGAAAGAACUCAUCGAUUUUCCGAGGUCGAGAUCAAGCUCCGCAAACAAAUAUACUGGUCACUUUACUGUACCGACAAGCUCUGGGCAAGUUACACCGGGCGGGUCUGCACCAUGUUGGACUCCCAAUCCUCGGUGGAGUUGCCCCUGUCAGGGGUUGCGUUUGACGAUUCCAAGCCUACGCAGAUACUUCCAAUGCUUCUCCACUCCCUGUCCACCCACUGUCAGAUCCUUGAAAAGAUACUUAUGAAACUUUACGCUCCGGGUAAAUUACCGCCUGGUAUUCAGAGAACCACAGUCUUUGACUCAUGUCUGCUCGAGCUCAAAAGCUGGAAAUACCACCUGCCCGUGGCGCUACAGUGGAAACGGGCAGGCGGUAGGUGCAGUAGUAACCCGAUCAUGCCGCACAUAUUCCUGCUGCACAUGGUUUAUAACACCUCAAUCAUCAUCCUUGCCAAACCGUUCUUGUCCAAGCCGUCGUUGUUCCGCACGGCCGCCGCGGCCCCAGAAAACCCGACGAUGCCCGGCAUUCCAGUAGCAGCAGCAGCAGUAGCAGACAUAGAGAGGAAAGCGUCGUCCCUGUGUGUGGAAGCUUCUCGAGACAUCUGUCUGCUGGGUGAGCAGUACCGAAAGGCCUUUGGUGGGUUCCGGCAGAGUCCCAUCACAGCUAUGCACUGUACGUUCUCUGCGGCGCUCUUCCUGAUUUUAAAUGGCCAUCAUCAAGAUCACGAGGAACCCAAGAUUGAACCCGACGCAAGAAGCAAGUGGAUCAGAUCAUGCUUAUUGACCUUACGUGAACUCGGGGUUUCAUGGACGACAGCCACAAAAUACUGGCACGGGCUGCGCUGUCUCCUCAAGGAUCGUGAUCAACAAGGACUGUCGCUCACAAGAGGCUUGAGACAUAUAGAGGCGAUCCCUUCGCCGCGUAAUAGCCCGACAGCGGUCAAUUGCGACGACGCCGUAGGAGAGCAUGAUCACUAUACUCCAUCCGAAGUUACUGCGAAAGCGGCGGCCGACGGAUCGUCCCAAUGGAACCAAAGCGCGGGGCAGCAGCCGUCUUCCUGUCUGGAUAUGGAUAUCGAAGCGGCAGUGCACAACGGUCUGACAUUCGAGGAAUUUCUGUUGGACUUACCCCAUGAUCUUGGCUUUUUGGCAGCAAUCGGUUCGUCUACACCCCCGGACUUGUGGGCCUUCUAUGAGUAAUAGUAGGGAUGAUUUCGGGGAGCGCAAUCAUGGAAAUCUAUUGAAUACUAUCAGAGGCUCACAAGUUCGUUUUCUUCCUCCACUUU